UCCCUAAACCCAUACAUCCCUGAAAAUCGUGAAUAAACUGGAUGAUCACCAGCAUUUUUAACAAUGGCCAGGAGAGCAAGUAAGAACUGGGCAGACGAGGAGAUCAAAGGUUUGUUGUCCAUUUGGAAAGAUAAGUCCAUCCAGGACCAGCUGGCCGGAGCAGUGAGGAAUAAAGAUGUGUUCGUGAGGAUCUCCAACAACCUUAACGCCUUGGGGGUCAAUCGGGACUGGAAGCAAUGCCGGGCUAAAGUAAAGAACCUGAAAUACGAAUACAGGACCAUGAUGAACCAGAGAAAAUCCGGUAGGAGGUGUAAAUCCAUGCGCUUCUAUAAUGAAAUUGACGCUGUUCUGGGAUGCCGAUCCCCUCAGGCUAAAAGGUCACAGGAUAGAACAGUCCUCAGUGUGGUCAUCAAGCAAGAGGAGAGGGAGGAUAAAUUGGAAAAUGGCCCAGCACAGACCUCAGCAGCCUCCGAAAAUGUCACAGCAUGCUAUAUCCAACCAGUUGUUGCCCAGAGCAGAGAUGGGGAAGACGAUAAGGUUCUGCCCGAACCACAGUCUGAAGCAGACAGUGUUACAGCAGAAACAGAAGGCCCUGUGGAGGAAGAGGUGGUUAGUACAGCCUCGGAGACCCCUGCUGCAACAAGCAGAAAAAGGACUGAAUCUGAACACGAAUGCACAGUGCCAAACAAGAGGAUGAAGCUGAAGAAAGGAACCAUGUUUCAAAGACACAUUGGCACAAUUAUCAACACCUUUAUGGACUAUCAGAGGAAAGCUGAAGAGAGGUUCUACAAAUGGGAGGAAGAGAGGCGAAGAGAGGAGCGUGAGCAUGAGCUGCGGAUUAUCCAACUAUUGCUCGAUCAUUCCAGAUCCUCAAUGAUUCAGACAUCUCAGACACCAGAUUACAUGAGAUCACUGCACAGCCAGAACACCAAUGUGUUCACCCCUCCUCCCUCAAACAAUUAACAUUCAAGAUCUUUUUUAAUAAUUUAAAUUAUUUGCUGUUGAUGGUGCACUGUUGUAACAGCCAAUGUUAGUCAGGACCAAUUAAGUUGCCAUUUCCUAGAUUUGCUCCCAUAUUGCCAGCUCUUAUGCAUCCAAGUCUUAACAGGAAGAUGAAGUGAAAGGAUGGUGACAGUGUUUAUGAAAGAAAAUAUCCCCAGUAAUUGCACUAUGCGCCAACCAAAACAAGCCAAGUAGGUCCCAGAUUCUAUCGACAGGUGAUGCUCCAUUAAAUGAACUUAAUAUUGGUGGUGUUAGAAUUGACUUAUCCAAGCUUUGUGUGAGCAUCUGUGUGUAUGUAUGUGUGCGCAUAUUUGGGUUUAGCUGGUGAAGUCCCCUUCCCACAGUCAAAAGGUUGACUGUCGCGACUUGGUGUCUCGGCUCAGCAGGACUGGAAGCUGUUUCCACCUGGAAUUGUAUCCCAGCAAAUCAACACAGGAAAAAAUAUUAAUUGUAGAAAAAACAAACAAUGGAAAGGUAAGUUGAUAGCAUCUAAUAAAGGAUACAUUUUGGGAUGGGACUAUUCCUCGGAAUGUGCUCCAACGAUGAAAAGUCUCACUUUAAAAUGUUAACCUGACUUCUCAAAUGCAGAUUCACAUUCAACACUUCCACCAUUAAUUUUUAAAAGUUCACGUUUAGCUGCUGUUUGACUCAGUGAAGCUGUGGUUUUAAAAUGUAUUGGGGAACCGGGACAGUUUCCUGAACUGCAAAGGAUGAAGAGGGGCAUUAUGUUACAGGAUUAAUCGAUGUCCUAUAUAAAUUAUCAAAUUGUUUUAGCUCUGUGAGAAUACUUUCUUACUGGGACAUGAUGUGCUUCAAGUGAGAGCAAUCUAAUAUCUCAGCGAGUACCUAUACCUUGUGCUAUGUUACUGAGCCAGUCAGAAAAGCCGCAGAGUAGCAAUAUUUCAGUUUGAUUUCCUGUCAAUACUGAAUUCAUCUAUGGUCAUUGUGGGUCAAUUUGCCUCUUUAGGGAGAAAAGAUCAUUCCAUUGAUAACCUGAUUAUUAUCAAGAUGCAAAAUAUGUAUGGCUUGGGUGAGAAGAGGCUUAGGUUUAGCUCUGUUGGUAUCAUUGUUGAAUCCCUUGCCUUUACAAGUUAGUCCAGUUAUUUAGGUGAAGAACUAUACUGGCACCAUAGAACCAUCCCCCAGCAAGAAUCAGACGAUGGAGGAAAACUAAAACAAGAGAAGUAUUUUCAAGAAUAUUAUUUUUCUUUAAUACUGACUAAAUUAAAUAGUUCACUGUAUAAUAAUGGCAAAUCUUAAACCUUGUCUGCAAAAGCUGGUGGUGGAUGAAAAGCAUCAUGGGUAGUUAAUAUAGGUGAACCUCUCUUUCUUAUUUUGGGAUCAAGCAAUUGGUUUUACAUGGAGACAUUCCCUUAUGUUAUGAAGACCAUUAUGUUUUCAGCAAACAACUACUGGAGUCUUUAAAAAUCAUUUAUCAUAACACAUUAUGAAGCAGUAACUGUCCUAAUAAUGCAUUGCAAGAUCUAACCUUGUAGUAUUGCACAUAUCAUUUGAUGCUGUAUCAGUGAGUUCUUUCAUCAAAAUGCUUUUAUCAUACAUUUUCCUGUCACUCAAGUAAAGAAAACAGUAAAACCAACAGUCAUAUGUUUUAUUAAAAAAAUGAGUCAAAUGUUUGUUCUAUGUGAGCUAAUGCAUCUGAUUGUUGAUGGAUUUGUUGAUAGCCAUUCUCCUUGUUUACUCAGCACUGAUUUGUUUAAGUAUACUUAAAUAAUAAUAUUAAUCUUUGCAUUUAUUAAAUUGUCAUAUUUAACAAUGUCAGUGAAAGGGGAACAAUUCAGAAAAAGCCCUGCGUCCUACUAAUAACAGUAAAACAAAGCUUAUUAAAUUUUUGAAAGUAUUGGAUGAGGGAGGAAUGUUAACCGGAACUCCAAUUUCUUUGUGUUUCUGAACAGACUGGCAGGUCCUUGUAUUUACAUCUCAGAAAGCACCUCCAAUAAUGCAACAUUGGAGGGUUGCACAGAUUAUGCACACUAGAUGUAGUGGAAUUGAAUUCAUAAGGUGUCAGAAUCUUUGUUUAGCUUCCUAAAUAAACCUGUACACGUGAAAUUGAUCCACCGGCUCCUCUGUAAAAUUGGAGGUCCUAGCUCUGUUUUACAAUUCAUAUUUCUGGAAAGUUACUUGAGCAGCAGCUAGCACAGCAAAUGUUUUUAAUGGAGGAAAAUGAAAACAUGAUGUUUUCUUUUGGUUAGUUAGGAGAUUGGUCAUUGAACAAACUGUUUCAAAGAAAUUGAGAUUAAUGCAUGGUUACUUAAUCUUCAACUAAUCUUGGCUGUCAGAUUUACCUUUAAAUCUAGCUGGGAUAGUCAUAAUUAGAGACACAAAAGCGAGCCAUGAAUAAGAAACACAAACUGAGCGACUACUAACACAUUGAUUCAGGAAAAGUGACAUUUCUAAUGUUUUUUUUAAAAAACUGUCCUAUUUUGGCUAAGAAUAAUUGUCACCAAAAUCUAGUCCUCAAAUAUUGCUGAAUAGUAUUUAUUCGGAUUCCUUGGGUAAAAAGGCAUGCAGUUUGGAGCAUAUUUGGAGUCCUCCAUGUGCCUUGGGCACAAGAAUAGGGUUCCCAGUGGACAUAAGUAAAAAAACUGAUAGUAAAUUUAUAUCUUUUCAAAUUGGAUGUUGGUUCAGUCAUUAUAUUCGUUUAUAAAGGCCCAUUUGUAAACUUUGUUUUUCAGACAAUAUUCUUGUAUGACAAUUAAAAAAAGGCCUUUCUAAUAAAUUUUAAUUAACAUCCUGUCGCAACAUCUAAGCCACAGAAAAGGACUGCAGGCAUGCUUUCUGUUAGGGAGAAAUAAAUAGAAAAAUAUUGAGAAGCACCAUCUACACUAAAACCGGCAUAAUCAAGAAUUUCUUUCAUUGCUAAAACCAGUCAUGAUGGAAUGUUUAGCAGGGUAAAUAGUGACUGAAAUAAAGUAGAGUGUGUUGAAAAAAACUGACAUCUGUACUCUCUGAUCUUGCUUUCCCUGAUGUUGAAUAAAUUGCACUUAGCAAAUAAUUUUUGCCCUACCCUCUGAA